AUGGCCUCACGAUUCACUCCGCUCGCGCGCAACGCUGCCCGCCGGUUCGCCGGUGCCCGCCCCGGUCUCUUGUACCCGUCGCCUACAGUGGCGGCGGCCACCCGCACCCUCCACGACGGACCGUCCCGUCGCAACAAGCCGGGCAGCCACUCCCAGACCGACUCGGAUAUCGAGAUCCCCUUUCCGCCCGAGGAGGAGCUCCCGAGUGACCCUGUGCGCCGCGCGGGUGGGCAGUACGUCAAGCCGACGCUGCAGACCUUUUCCCUGGACAAAAAUGUCGGCCUCGUCACGGGCGGUGCGCGUGGUCUGGGUCUGGUCAUUGCCCAGGGAAUGGUGUACUCGGGUGCGGAUGUCGCUCUGGUGGACAUGAAUAGUAGUUUCGCUGACUUGUCGACAGAGGAGGAGGCUGAGAAGCAGACGAAGUGUCUGGUUGAAUCUUUCAUGCGAGAGAACCCCGAUGCUGAGCGGGUCCCCAAGGUGACCGCACACUUCUCGGACGUCUCUGACCCCGUGUCUGUCGAUGCUUGCAUUGCGGAAGUUAUCGAGCAGCAUGGAAAGAUUGACCAUCUCGUCACAUCUGCCGGCUUUACCGAAAAUUACGAGGCCGUCAACUACCCCAUUGAUCGUCUUCGGAAGCUGUGGGCUGUCAACGUCGACGGCACCUACCUCUUUGCCACGUCUGUCGCGCGUCAUCUCAUGGAACGCAAGGCGCCAGGAAGCAUGGUCCUGAUUGGCAGCAUGUCUGGUUCCAUUGUUAACGUGCCCCAGCCCCAGACGCCUUAUAAUGUCUCCAAGGCUGGUGUACGCCAUCUCGCAGCUUCUCUUGCAGUUGAGUGGGCGGAUGUCAGCAUCCGUGUCAACUGCCUGAGCCCAGGAUACAUGAUGACGGCUCUACCGAUAUCUAACAAGGUCUCAAACGCUAGCACCGGAAAGAUUCUCAACGAAAACCCAGAGCUCAAGAAAAAAUGGGUUUCUCUCAUUCCCAUGGGCAAGAUGGGCGAUCCUAGUGACCUGAUGGGACCUGUUAUUUUCCUGCUCUCGGAAAACAGCAAAUACGUCAACGGUAUUGACCUGAAAGUAGAUGGUGGCUACACACUCACGUAA